GUUUCCCAGCGAUGGUUUCCUGCUGCUGGCUCUGCUGCUCUACGCCCCCGUGGGGCUCUGUCUGCUCCUCCUGCGACUCUUCAUCGGCAUCCAUGUCUUCCUGGUCAGCUGCGCCCUGCCUGACAGCCUGCUCCGGAGGUUAGGGUUUAUCGUGCGUGUGAUGUGUUCGGUGCUGGGUCUGUUUGUACGGCAAAGUGACCCCCAUCUCCGGGAUGCCAAUGUCAGGGUUUACAUUGCCAACCACGUGACGCACUUCGACCACAGUGUCAUCAACCUACUGACCUCGUGCAAUACGCCUGCGCUGAAUGGCACGCCGGGUUUCAUCUGCUGGUCACGGGGAUUCAUGGAGCUAGGGGCGGUGGGGAGCCGGGCAGAGCUGGUGGAUUCCCUGAAGGUGUAUUCGUCCCAUGGGGGGAAUCCACCUCUGCUGCUGUUCCCAGAGGAGGCAGCCACUAAUGGUCGAGUCGGCCUUCUUCGCUUCAGCUCCUGGCCGUUCUCAAUCCUGGAUGUGAUUCAGCCUGUGGCUCUGCAAGUUCAGAGGCCCUUAAUUGCUGUGAGUGUGGCCGACUCCUCCUGGAUCACAGAGCUGCUCUGGACCUUCUUUGUUCCCUUCACAGUUUAUCAAGUAAGGUGGAUGCCGCCUGUCUUCAGACAAGCUGAUGAGCCGAAUGAGGAGUUUGCGCUCCGAGUUCAGGAGCUCUUGGCCGUGGAGCUGGGCGUGGUUUCUACGCGACUCACCGCAGCGGAUAAAGCUGAGCAUAUGAAGAGGCUGAGACACACCCCGCCUCACCUCUUUGCCCCAGCCUCAAGCCAGUCCUUGGUUGCCAGGCCCAGGGCAUCUCCCAGCCUGGCUGGUGUCGGGCCUCUUGCUCCCGAGGAUGUGCGGAUCACGGAGAUGGUCCAGCGGGUCAAGGAGGUGCUCCCACAUGUGUCUCUGGGGACCAUCAGGAGAGACCUGGCCCAGACCAACUGCGUGGACACUACCAUCGCCAACCUCCUGGAGGGCCAGGUGCCCCUCCUCCCUGAGGACAAGGAUCCGGAGCCUGGCCUGCUUGCUCCGUCAACGUCCCAGACUCCAGCGGCCUCCAGCCCUCAGUGCCCUGCAGCUUCAUCCUCCUCCAAGCCCGCUGUGAAGCUCUUUGCGAAGUCCCCUGUGGAGAGGCAUUUGUCCCUGCAGGAGCGGAAACAUGUGCUGUAUGCCUACGCCAGGAGGAGAUACACGGAGAAAUAUGGGACGCCGCCGGGUGAUGGGAGCCACUGAGGUGUCCCUCACCCUCCUGCCUGUGGCGUGCGCAGGGCUUGGGCCCGUUGGGAGCGUGACUUCAGCAUGGCCGUUUUGCAUGAUUCACAGCACUGCAGUGGGAUCCCAAAGCCUCCGAACCAGCACGCUUGAGAUGCAGCGGGGCCUUCGCGGCGUGUGCCAGCCCAGGCAGGCGGUGCCCAGCUGCCCACGGUGGGGCAGUAAGUGCCUGUGUAUCCCCGCAUCACACCCGACCUGCCUCCGGCUAGCCAGACAGGGUUGGACAGCUGAAACCGGGCUGCCCUGCCCCCACCCCCAUGGCGGACUGGACUCAGCACCAGCCUGGCCCAGCCUUCUCCAUUUGGGCUGUUGUGUUAAACUGGCUGAAGGGGGUUUCUUCUCAGCUACAAAAAAUAAAUCUGACUCUCUUACGG